AUGGAAAGAAAACAUACAAAGAUGAUUAUUAAAACUGAUGCUGGUGAAUCUUCAAUUGAAGGAAUUGCUGGCUUGUUACCUAAUCCAAUGAUAUACCCACCUCCCUAUUCUGUUAUAUUCGAUGUGGAUGCCAAGAUUGAUGGACCAAAUAUUUGGAAUAGCCAAGGAGUUGCAUCUCAAUCAUCAAUUGUUGAAAGAAGUAACAAAGUGUAUAACCUACCUUCUGGAACUGGCCACUUUGCACAAACUGAUGGUCGUACUAUUCAUUGUAAUAGUAUCAAAUAUCAUCAUAAUCAUCAUCAACAUCAACAUCAAAUGAACUCAAUGAUACUUUCAAAAGUUAGAGCAAUUGUUUCAGCUGAUAGAAAGAGAUUCAAAGAUCAUGAAUAUGAUUUGGAUCUAUCUUAUAUUCUACCUAAUCUCAUUGCAAUGAGUUUCCCAGGUAAAGGAUUGGAAGCAACAUGGAGAAAUAGUGUACAAGAUGUUUGUUCACUUUUAAAAGAGAGACAUAGUGGAAAAUUUAUGAUUUGGAAUUUGAAUGAUCGUCAAUAUGAUUAUGAUCGUUUUAAUAAUCAAAUUAUUGACUUCCCAUUUCCAGAUCAUCACGCUCCAAAUUUAAAUCUAUUAUUUGAGAUUGUCAAUUCAAUGGAUAAUUGGUUAAAGGCUGACCCUGAGAAUGUGGCUGUUGUCAGUUGUAAGGGCGGCAAGGGGAGAACAGGUACGAUUAUAUGUUGCUAUCUCUUUUACAGCUGUGCAUUCCCAACGAUGGACAAGGCAAUGGCACACUUUGCAGAGAAAAGAUCGAAUUUGAAAAAAGGUGUUACCCAACCAUCACAACAACGAUACAUCAACUAUUUCAAAGACAUAGUGUCGGGAAACUACAUGAUCGAUGUAGUGUCUCUCAAUUUACAAUCAAUCGAACUUGGACCACUCACCAAAGAACAAGCCAACUCUAUCUCUUUGGAAAUUUAUGAACAUGAAAAAGAAGCUAAUCUAUCAUUCUCUAGUUCACCUGCUACUAUUCAAAUAACAGCAAUCAAUGAAUCGACAAACCAAUAUAAAUUAAAUGUAUUAAUAGGAAAGAGAUUGACAAAAGAUAUUUUAAUACGUUGUUUCAAGGGAAAGAAGAGUAAAGGUCAGACAUCCCUAAAGAAACAAUUAUUCCAUCUUAUUUUCAAUGUAUCUUUUAUCAACCUUUGUAACAGUAGACUUGUAUUUCAUAAAAAACAUUUAGAUCAUUUUAAAAAGAAUCAAAAAAAUGAAGAUUUUUAUAUAGAAUGUAUAUUUCAAAAUAUCAAUAAUUGUACGGCACUACCAGACCAUUCCAUUCAAAUUUGGAAUAUAAUGGCAAUUAAAUAUAAUCAAACUCAACAAUUAAAAUUGGAUGAAUUGGAAAAAGAGAAAUUAGAGAAAUUAAAAGACGUUGAAUCAUUGUUGGAUAGUAAUAGCGAGAGUAAUAGUAAUGAAUCUAGCGAUAGUGAGGGAAAUAGUAAUAGUAAUAGUGAGAGUAGUAAGAUUGAAAAAGACCAAAAAGUAAAAGAGGAAAUAAUAAUAAUAAUGGACCAAAAAAUUAAAUUGGAUGAUGAUAAUCAUGAUAAUGAUGAAUCAGAGGAAACGACUACUACUACUACUACAACAUCUAAUACCUUGUCAACUGCCAAUAUCAGUAAUAUUACAAUAUGUUCAUCAUCCACCUCAUCUUCUUCAACCUCUAUUUCAACAAAAGAAGAUGCAAUGUCACCGUCACCACCAGCCUCACCAAUCAAUUAUAGACAUAGUCGAAUGGUUGCAGUAAAUGAAGUAAAACAAAUGAUUUUAGCAAUUGAUAUUAAUCCUAAAUCUACUGCCACUACAACAACAGUUGAUCACUGUGGAAAUAAUAAUAAUAAUAAUAAUAAUAAUAAUAAUAAUAAUAAUCAAAUGAAUCAUAGUAGUAAUAGUAUUGGUAGUCAAUGUUUAUAUAGUAGUACAGGUUCAACUUCAAGUACAACAUCACUUGAUAGUAAUAAUAGUAGUAAUAGUAGUGGUAGUCAACUUUUAAAGACACCACAACCACUUCCAAAGCUACCAUCGCAUCUACACAAUAGACAUUCAUCAAUUGGUUCAGUUUGGAAAUCGCCAAAGUCGCCCAUCAUUCGUCAACAACAUCACAGUAUGACAGCAUCACCUGACAUGAGAGCUUCGGCAGAUGGUCAAAUUUCAAUUUCAACAAGACACCGACAAUAUUCCAUUUUACAACCACAACCACAACCACAACAAGAAUCUUUAAAUCAACAAUCAAUAACCCCAAAAACAAAAGAUGAACAAGAAAAAGAAAAACUGGACCAAGAAAUUAUAAUUAAUAAUAAUAAUAAUAGUGAAAUAGUUAAUAUAGAUAAUAAUAAUAAUAACAAUUUGACGAUUACACUUUCAAAACAAGAAGAUAUUUAA